AGCUGCAAUAGAUAAUGAAAAUAGGUACUUAUGGUAAAGACUUUGUAUAUAUUUUUCAAAUUAAACUAUCAAACCCAGAAGAAUUCUUUUUUCUAGAAGACAAUGGACAGAGUAUUUCGAUUAGCUUCAAUAUUCGCGCCACCACUGUGCCCAAAACAAACCCUUGCUUGUUUUGGUGGAUUUUUUGUUUAAUGUAUUUUUAUUAAUUAAUGCGGGCGCUCAAUUAUAAAUUCGGCUGAAUUUCAAUAAAACCGUUUGCCAGCGACGCUGCGUUUCGAUUCCGCGUAGUGUGGAAUCCACUGUGGAUUGGAAGAUCCCAGUCGGAUUAAAUCGGUCAAUCGAGCAAGACCUAUUCAGAUGGCGGAUUGGAAGAUAUCUUGGGGCUGCAUCGCACUCUGUGUGCUCCUGUGCGUAUUCCGUGUGUGCGGACAGUGGGAGUUUCCUGCCCAGUAUCCGGAACCGUAUCCCAAUCCGAAUCCGAAUCCAGUGCCAGAUCCAACCAGGUGGGAUUUCAACAACUACAAUAGCUACGGUUACAACGGUCAGUGGGUGCCGGGCUAUUUUAAUAACUACGGCUAUUAUAGACCGCCGCCACCACCACCUCCUCCGCCAUGUGGAAGACCACCGCCUGGACCGCCACCGCCGGGCCCGCCUCCACCUGGUCCACCGCCCGGUUGCCCUGGAGGUCCGCCUCCGCCGCCGCAACGCCAAUGGAACAAUGGCCCCAGGCAGUGGGAACCACGUCGUCCGCCAGCCAAUCACCAUCGCAACUUCCACAACAUCUUCCUGAACACCGAAAGCAAAGUGGAUGGGGAGAACUACAACAAGACCGCGGAGACGGAGGAUUUGCACGACGACUUCAAUGGCCGAUCCAUUGUGGCACCUGGACAGUACCCGCACAUGGCCGCUCUGGGAUUCCGGAACGAGAACCACGAGAUCGACUACAAAUGCGGAGGAAGCCUCAUCAGCGAAGACUUCGUGCUCACAGCUGCUCAUUGCCUGAUUACUCAUGGCACCUCUCCCGACAUCGUGAAAAUCGGAGACAUUAAGCUCAAGGAGUGGGAGGACAACGUGGCGCCCCAAAGACGACGUGUUGCCAAGAUCUAUCUGCAUCCACUGUACAAUGCGAGUCUCAACUACCAUGACAUCGGUCUCAUCCAGCUGAAUCGUCCGGUGGAAUACACCUGGUUCGUGAGGCCAGUUCGCCUGUGGCCCAUGAACGACAUUCCAUACGGCAAGCUGCACACCAUGGGCUAUGGCUCCACGGGAUUCGCCCAGCCGCAGACGAACAUACUCACGGAACUGGAUCUCUCGGUGGUGCCCAUUGAGCAGUGCAACUCCAGUCUGCCCGCCGACGAAGGUUCUCCACACGGAUUACUCACAAGUCAGAUAUGCGCCCAUGACUAUGAGAAAAAUCGCGAUACUUGCCAGGGCGAUUCUGGAGGACCGCUUCAACUGAACUUGGAACGUCGGCGUCGAAGGCACAGAAGUCGUAGACACUAUCGCUACUACCUGGUGGGCAUCACUUCGUAUGGAGCCUAUUGUCGCAGUGAACUACCAGGUGUUUAUACGCGUGUUUCAUCCUAUAUCGAUUGGAUAGCAUCUAUAGUGUGGCCUAAUUAUUAUAGCGAAUUUACUAAUCAAUAAAAAACAGUCUGUAAAAUGUUACAAACAAAAAGUUAUAAAAAAAAGGAAAUUUAAAUUUAAAUUAAAGCAUAGCAAAA